AGGAGAUUCCCAAGCAGAACGGCGACAGCGACAAGGACAUGAACGGUAGCAAAAGACCCCCCCCCCCCUCCCCCAAAAAAAAAGAAAAAAGAAAGAAAAGGAAAAGACAAGAAAAUAAAUCCAGUAAAAUCGAAAAAAGAACGUCGACAAUCAGCGUGGAGGGAGCAACAUUGUUCUAACACCACACUGUUAUAAGCUACUUGCCUUCCCUCCCCCGCGCCCAGGUGUAUAGUUGUCGGCGCCUUAAUCAUUUACGCCCCAGAGCGUCACAGAAGGGUUAGACAAGCGGAUGAUCCUUGACCGUUGGCCUCAUAGUAACAUUGGAAGUACUUCUACUCACCUGAUCCUACCUGUUCACUACGUAUCAAUGGCCCAACCUUUCUAUCCUGCGGAUGAUGAGGUGAGCUUCGGUUCACACCCCAAGCGGGAUGCUCUAUCGAUACAGCAUACCAUCCAAGGCGACGGCCGCCCAGAUAUCGUGGACAGAAACCUGGCCUGCGCCGGUACGGCUCAAGAGAUCGAGGCGAAGUGUCGAGCCCCGACGAGACGACGGAUCCCAGUUGCAUGCGUAAGAUGUCGGAAGCGGAAAAUUCGGUGCAGUGGCGACGCUGGUGAUGGUUUAGGUUGCUCUAACUGCCAGAGCACUGGAAGCAUGUGCCAGUUCCUAAGGGUAAACUCUGCGAUGUGCCAGACCAAGGUUCGAGCUCCUGUCACGUCGGGAUGGCCAUAUCCCGCAAACGAGACGGCACCCCAGAGGCUGGGAACAUACGCGUCUUCGUCGAAGAUGGGAAAUGUACCUACAAGCUUUCCUGAGCAUCGCAUUCACCAAUUCUUACGGGCCCCAGAAUACGAGGCUACUCCGGAUACCCAGCACCUCUACGGUCGACAAGCUUUUGGCAUUGAGUCUACAAUAGACUACGAAGACGAGCCCUCAACCACGUACCACGCUCAAUCAACACCCGCCUAUACGUUACCAAAUUCACCCCAAGUAUUCAUGCCAGAGUACUGCGGAAUGGGAUUAGGUUCGAAAAGCUGGGCUGCAGCUCUGCAGGGCAAUCGAGGCCCUCCCGGAAUCGUGUUUUCGGAGGGUGAGGCCGGGAGCCCCCUGGCCACUGCGGCUUAUCCAUACGUGAUCUCUGGACAAGUAUCACAGUCAAACGAGGCCCUUAGCAUGGUGCAUACCCAAGGGCCACUGACCUCUCCAGCUCAGGAGACGGAGCGGACACCUCCCAACCCUACCAACGGAAGCCCGUUCCCAGAGAACAGCGACGGUCUUCCCGCAAACAUGGAUGGUCCACCACCUGCCCACGAUUAUAAACCUAGUAGCCGCUGGAUCGCAAGGUGCGACCACCGAGUACCGAGUGUGUCUUUCAACACCGCCACAAUGGAUCGACCAAAGCCGAUCCCUUCUAGUGGGCAGGACGUGACGUUUGGUUUCUUACCAUUAGCGUCAAACAGUGCACCGUCAUCGGUUCUACCGUCAUCUGGAGCAUUUUCGAGCUUAGAAUCUACAGCAUACCCUGCCGAAACAAGCGACGAGUUCCGCGGAAAUGGAGAUGAUCGAUACAGGUCCUUCUCGCGCGACACCAGGCGAAUGGUGCCCAUUGCAGACUACCGAUCUAGUACCUAUGGAUACUCCAGACCAACCUACAGGAACGGAUCCGAGAAUGGCGACUCAAAUUCUGAGAGCACAUUGAUUAACGGACUUCCCUAUACGCGGCCGACUCAUUCAGUCGGCCUCCCUCAGCUUGAUGAGAAGCCCGAACCACAAGUUAUCACCCGACACCCUUCGUACACCGGUCUUUGUUCUCAAUAAUAGCGGUAGAU